AUGGGUCAUUUCUUCACGUUCCCACGUAUUCCGGUAUUUAUUCUGUACUGCUGCUGCUUCAUCAUCACCGCCACCACUGCGGUGGAUCCACCGACUUGUGAUUCAUCCUACGGAUGCAUCUCUUCCAUCCGGCAGGAAGACUGUGCCAAGGGCGAGAUACUGAUCUCGGGCGGUUCGCUCAACGGUUGCUGUCCGGGUUGCCGCGGCGGUCGAACCUACCUGGCCGUGUGCAACCUGAACAUUCCCGACCGGCUCUGUGCGCCCGGCCUGAAGUGUGUUGGGCGCAAGUGUAUCUACGAUCGCUCCACCUGUCUGCACACGAUGCAUCUGGAUAAGGAUCUGGUCGGCUGGAUCCCGAAGUGCAACCUGGACGGGACGUACGCGGCCAAGCAGUGCCGGGGAGAUCGGCUGUCCGGUCGCUGCUUCUGCUACAGCGAGGACGGCAAACGGAUCUUCGGCUGGGACUGGUACCGCAACACCGAGCGGAUGACUUGCGCCUGCAGCAGACGCCGCGAUAAGCUGGAGAAGGAGGGCCGCUUCGACGUCACGCUGCACUGUACGCAAAACGGCAACUACGAGGAGCUGCAGUGCGAUUCGGGACUGUGCUGGUGUGCGGACGAGCUGACCGGCAGUGUCCAGCUAGGCACGACCGUCGUGCAUGAAAGCUUGUGGGAACUGCUGCCCUGCUAUAACAGCACGCUGCACGGUGAGUCGUACCUGCGCCAGUGCGAAAGUGCGGCCCAGGCGCAGAAGCUGAUCCUGAAGAAGUUUUACGCGCGCGGUACCGUUGGCGUCACCUUCAACGAGAUUCCGUGCGACUACGACGGCGCGUACGGCCGGUACAAGGUGGAAAAUGGAGUCGUCUACUGCACUUGGCGUGACGGAAAGAAGAUUGGCUCGUUUCAGAUACGCUCCAGCAUGCUCUCGUCGGUGAACUGCUAUUGUGCACGUGAUACGAUCAUCUACCGGGAGGCGGGCAUACCGUUCACGCUGGCCUGCGGCGGCAACGGGAACUACGAGUACUCCCAGGACCAGAACGGGCAACUGUUUUGCGUCGACAGCGACGGGUUCGUGGUAACGACGGAGGUCGCACCGAAUGAGUCAUGCGAUAAGUUCAUCUACAACUCCGCUUUCUACGACGAGGACUGAUUGCUGUGGUGGUGGUGGUUUCCGCCUUGGCUCGCUUCCCCAGCGCCGUAUCUCCCGCAACAAACAUCUAAAACGUUCGUUGGAAAAAAUGAAUCGUAUGCGGCAUGUGUUUGUGUUUGAUACGUGAUACAUCAUCGUG